GCACUAAUUACCAGGAGGUAGCGAGCGCCCCCUCCCCCACCAACAUAACUUAUCCUUCAGCUCCUUUUCAUCUUUCCCCAACGUUUCCUGCUUUAUCUCAAUUGAUUCAAUUGAUUGGUAUUCAGUUCUUGACAAAACUGAACCCAACACUAUCACUUGACUAAAUUCAAUGACAAACGCGUCCGAUACGACAGAUACUCAUGAUGAGCGUGCGCCUCUAUUGGAGGCGAACAGAGUUCGACCGGCGUCCGCAUCGAGGUCACAGAAACUGACGGUGAUGAUUGCAGCGUCCAUACUCAUUCUCACCGUGGAUUUUGGAUUCUACCUGACUGCCGCCCCCCAAACUAAGAUAUUCGAGAAUAUUGUCUGCCAGAACUAUCUGAAUACUCUAGGGAACCCCGCAGACACAAUUCCAACAGAAGGAACUUGUAAGUCUGAGCCGGUGCAGAGUGAGCUGGCUCUUGUGAAUGGAUGGAAAGAGACAUCCGAUGUUUUACCAGGCAUUCUUCUGUCUGUUCCCUAUGGUGUGUUGGCGGACCGCUGGGGGCGCAAACCGGUUCUCCUUCUUGGUCUCUUGGGGACCCUCCUCGGGGAGCUCUGGGUCCGCAUCGUGUGCUUGUAUUCCACGGUCCUACCACUGCGACUGGUCUGGUUGUCGGGAGUGUGGAGGCUCAUUGGCGGCGGGGACAUCACCCUUUCAUCCAUUGCUCUGGUUAUGGUAGCGGACCUGUUCUCCGAGGAAGAGAUAGCUACAGCCUUGUUCCGCUUGACCAGCACUGUGAUUGUGUCUGAAGUCUUAGCCACCCCAGUCAGUGCAUAUCUAAUGGCUCGUGAUCCAUGGCUGCCAUUCAUGCUCGGACUUGGGGUAUCUACUCUCGGGUCAUUGGCUGCGUUUCUCAUGCCGGAAACACUGAACGAUGCCAAAUCUAAAAUUGAUCCGACGACUGUGACCAGUGAAGACGAGACACAGUCGUCUCUGAAUGGAAAGAUCUCAGUGAGGCAGUAUAUCAAGGGCAGAUUCCAGGACCUCCAGGACUCUGCCAGGUUAAUAAUAGGCAGCCCAGCCAUUGCCAUCUGUCUCUUUGCCCUAUUUGUCACGUCCAUCAGCAAGCAAUCGACGAGCCUUUUGCUGCUAUAUACGUCGAAACGUUUCAGUUGGAGUAUUGCCGAUGCUAGCCUCCUCAUUUCCUUGCGCGGUAUCAUCAUACUAGCAAACUAUCUACUCAUUAUGCCAGGCUUGUCUUUCCUACUGAUCCGGUACUUCAAACUUUCAGCUUCGCUGAAAGACCUACUCUUGGCUCAAGGAAGUAGUUUCGUCUCCGCUCUUGGAUUCUUCGUCAUCGCCACGGCCGCAUCGCGGGCCAUUCUAAUUCUGGGCAUUGUGCUGUUCUCUUUGGGCGCUGCCUUCGCAGUGUCAUGCCGCAGCUUUGUGACCUCACUGGUCCGGCCGGACCGCGUGGGAACCCUCUAUUCGUCAGCUGCAGCUAUCACGUCAUCUGGGAUGGUGAUUGCCAGUCCACUUCUGGCGUACGCGUUUCGUUUGGGUCUGCGGCUAGGGCCCGCAUGGUUCGGGCUGCCAUUCCUUUUGGCGGGAGGAAUGUAUCUUCUGGCUUCCGUCUCCCUGCUUCACUUGAGGGUACCUGACAGAGUUCACGCAGAUUAAGCAUAGGCCGCGCUCAACAGCGUGGCCUAG